GGACAUUUCUAUUAGUUUUAACUACAGAAUCUAGUAGUGCGUAGCAACUAGACAUUUCUCUUUUCUUACUUAACUGACAGAAAUCAGGUGGCUUAAAAAUAGAUGUUUUACGAUUUUUAGGUUAUGGACCUUUAGAAUGGAGUUUUGUGAUUAGAACUAUUAUAGAAAAUAUUGCAGGAUGCAAUUAAAAAUAUCUAAUGAAGUAUUAAUACCAUGUAAUUAGGAAUAGUUAAGUAACAAAGAGUCAUGGAUUUCGUGAUCGGGGGUUUGGCAGCCAGCGGGGCAUCCAUAUUUAGCAACCCCUUCGAUGUGGUCAAGACACGCAUGCAAUUGCAAGGAGAACUACAAGCCAGAGGGAAACACCAAGUUUUUUACAAAAACGUCUUCCACGCUGGUUGGGUCAUAGCGAAAAAUGAAGGCAUUCGAGGGCUUCAGAAGGGACUCGGAACUGCUAUACUGAUGCAUUCUGUCAGAAACAGUACCAGACUUGGUAUCUAUCAAUGGCUACAUAAGAAAGAAUACUUAACCAACGAACAUGGAAAAACUAUUUUUUACCGCAGUGCCUUAGCAAGCGCCUUUGCCGGAGCGGCAGGAGCAUUUUUGGGUAGUCCUCUCUUUCUAGUUAAGACACAACUCCAAUCACAAGCUGCGGAUAGUAUAUCCGUAGGCACACAGCACGGUCACAAGGGAGCCUUUGCUGCGUUUAGAAGUAUUUACCAUAAAGAUGGGAUAUCUGGAUUGUGGAGAGGAGGCAACGCAGUGGUCCUAAGAGCAGUCGUAGGCUCCUCAGCGCAACUAACAUCCUUUGCUAUAACCAAAGAUAUGCUGAGAGAUUAUGAAGUGUUUGUCAGAUAUCCCAUAGUGACUUCGUUCGUUGCCAGUAUUAUAGGAGGUGUAUUCCAGUGUAUAUUGAUGAAUCCAUUCGAUUUGGUGUCUGUUCGACUAUAUAAUCAAGGAGUCGACCAAAACGGAAGAGGACUUUUGUACAACGGAAUAUUCGACGCUUUCGUCAAAAUCGGCAAAAAAGAAGGUUUAAGAGGCUUCUACAAAGGCGUGACUGCCAGUUAUGUGAGACUUGCGCCACACGGUGCUCUGUGUUUAGUAUUCUGGGACAUGUUAAAAGAUUUGCAUGAAAAACAUCUCGCAAAAAGUAAGGUUACUUCGCCAAAGUAUGUCAAAAGUGAAAACAAAGAAGUUAGAUGAUAAAAUUUAGAUUUUUGUAAUUUGUUUCGGGUAAAAUGCAUUUCAACUUCAGAGAGUGUUUUUGUAGCUAGAAUGUCAAGCUUGAUUCGAAAUUGACGUGUUCAAUAUGGUAAAUAUUGAAUACAAAGAAACGUAAGGUUUUUAUUUUUUAAGUAAAUGCUUACAAAAUGUCUAUGCAUUCGCACUGAAUAAUGUUUUCUCUUGUGUAUAGGUCUCUCAAACAAUUUUUAUAAAACUGUAUAAAAGUUUUGUCCCAAUUUGCGAAAAUUUUUAGUUUUUUUUUUUUCAAUUCAUUUAGUUCAUUGCAUUUUAUAUGAUUUUUUUUUAUAUUCGACUUACGAAUGAAUUUCACCAUAUUUACAUGUAUGAAGUAGCAUGGUUUUUCAAUUUAGUGAAAAUGUGGUGAUUCCAUAUCAAAGUGUAUUAGGUCAGGAGGAUUGAGUGGGUGUCACACUCUGGCUGUGGUGUAAACUCUGGCGUUACAAUGAAGGAAUAAGCACUCUGUUUUCUUUUAUCUCUUUUUGUCUGUUUAGAUAUUGUUCUGAAGCUAUUUUCUUGUGGCAUUUUAAUGAAAUUACCAUUUUUAUUGGGAAUAAGCCACAAUUUAAGUUUAAAAUAAGUUUAUUUUUGACGUUUCGAUACAAAUUUUGUUUUUUGUUACUUAAAGUGUGGCCUAUUCACAAUAAAAAUAGUAAUUGUCUGUGUAGAGCCUUACAAGCAGAAUCAACGUUGAUGGAGGUCGAUUUGUGUAUAAAAUCGACCAAUUAUAUCCUUUUUCUGCCAUAAAAUAUGCUUGCCCUGAUUUUCCUACUUGAAAACCAAACUUUGAUUGUUUUUACUAAUAGAGAAUGAAUUUAGAGCUUUUGUAGGUACCCUACUGACAUUUUUUAAAUUUACCUUCAACCUAAAUAUGAUUUUUUGGAAACAUGGCAUCCAAUGUAUACACAUUUUUCUAAUUCAAAUUUUUCGAAGGUAUCAGGUCGUUAGAGUAAAGUAAGGGAGUUAUAUUGUUCUUCCAAACGUGUUCUACGUAAGCCAGACGAUAUGAAGUUUGGCAUUGUAAUGAAGAUAAACCAGGACUAAUCAUGCUCCUUCUAUUGUCUUCUUUAGGAUCCCACAACAGGCACUAAUACUGACGAUCGUCGCCUUAUUUAUAAAAUCGACAAAUAAGAUCCUUUUUAAAUCCAAAAAUACUAAUUCCAUGGUUUUCCUUCUUUAAAACUGAGCUUCGAUUUUUUAGUCGAUGAAAAAUGAGUUUGGUGGUACUGCAGGUUUUCCCACAGGAAACGAUGUGUCUCCAGUCUUUCUCGUUUUAAUUUGAAAUUAUACGAAAAAUUAGCCUGCAGCCUAAAUAUAAUUUUAGCUAUGUUCUGAAGUCAACAUGGCACCCUUUUCCACAUAGUUUCCUAAACCAAAGUCUACCUUUACAAAUUUUACCCUACAAAAAUAUUUUCUUUGCACUUUGUAACAUUAUGCUUAUUUAUUCAUCCGCUUCACAUGGUAGCGAUGCAGACUAGUACUUUUUUGGUUACAAAUGUGAUAAUACCACCAUGAACAAAAACAAACCUUUUAUAUGGAAUGAAUUUGAAAUUACCCUCUUCGAACCACCACUAAUUGUCCAUAUCUAAUUUACUAAUAAAGCGAGUUGGAAUUAGUUUAUUUUUCAUAUUUUUUAAACUAAAAUAAAACAAUAUUACAAAAUUUGCAAAAAAUUGAUAACUAUCCAAAUUUUCUAUUAAAAAUGAUUUAUAAAAGCGUAACAAAUUUUAGAUUUGUUUCAAAUUUAGUGCGUUUAUGUAUGUAUUUUGUAGAUAUACUGACGUUAAUUUAUUUGUGUAUAUGUGAUCUUUAAAAAUAUUAAUAUAUUUCAAAU